GCCAAGCACAGCCGUGCACCAACCGCCGUGGUCACACGGAGCAAAUUACGGAACGAACCGGCACGUAUGGCCACGAAAACAUUUCCUCCUCACAUCUCAAUCGGACAAGUCAGAACAGAUCCGCAUCUAGGGAAGACGCCACCUUUAGUUUAAAAGGGAGGCCCUCCCUGCAGCGA